AUGUCAUUAUUACCAGAAGAUGUACAGGCUGUGUUAGCUCAGUUGUUGGAAAAUUUAUCCUCGGCCGACAAUGCUAUCAGAUCUGCUGCUGAGAAAUCCCUUGAUAAUGAAUGGACCAUCCAAGCCAACGUUGAAAUGCUCCUUGUUUUCUUAGCCGAGCAAUCAUGCAUGGGAAGUAACGAUACCAUUAGAUCAUUCGCAGCAGUCUUGUUUAGAAGAAUUGCCAUAAAGUCUCCUCGUGAAUUAUCCAGUGUCACCGAUAGAACAAUUGGUGUUACUAGUGAACCGGUCAGAGCCCAAAUUAGAUCAAUCUUAUUGAAGGGAUUCACUUCUCAACAAUCAAAUCAAGUCAGACACAAGCUUUCCGAUGCAAUUUCUGAAGUUGCCAAGGAAGAUGCGUCUCCAGCAGGUUCUUGGAAUGAGUUAAUACCUACCUUAUUUGAAGCCACUAGAAAUCCAGAUCCAAGUUUCCGCGAAUCAGCCUUCAGAGUUUUCUCAGCUACUCCUGAAUUGAUUGACAAGUCUUAUUUGAAUGACGUAUUGCCCGUUUUCAAUUCUGGGUUCGAGGACCAAACUGAUGACGUUCGUAUUGCUGCAUGUACUGCUUUCGUAGCUUUCUUUAGAGAACUCCCAAAGAAGAACUGGCAAUCUUUAUCUCCAUUAUUACCAAACUUGUUGAACUCAUUACCUAGAUUUUUACAAAAUGGUCAAGAUCAAGCAUUAGCAUUAGUUUUAGAAUCUUUGAUUGAUUUAGUUGAAUUGGCCCCAAAGAUGUUUAAAGACAUGUUCCCUACCAUUAUCGAUUUCUGUGCUGCUGUUUCUAAAAACAAAGAUUUGGAAUCAAACACUAGAAUGGCAUCACUUGAAUUGCUUACUACAUUUGCUGAAGUUUCUCCUUCAAUGUGUAAGCGUACUCCAUCUUAUACCGAGCAAAUGGUAUUAAUAACCUUGUCUAUGUUGACUGAAGUUUGUAUCGAUGACGAUGAUGCCGCUGAAUGGAACAACAACGAUGACACUGAAGAUGAGGAUGAAGAACCUGAACAUGAUGCUGCCAGACAAGCUUUGGAUAGAACCGCAUUGAGAUUGAAUGGUCAAGCAUUAGCUGCCCCUCUUUUCCAAUAUCUUCCAGCCAUGAUACAAUCUGCCAACUGGAGAGAACGUCAAGCAGCACUUAUGGCUCUUUCUUCUGCCGCCGAAGGUUGUGCUGACGUGUUGAUGAAUGAAAUCCCAAAGAUUUUAGAUUUGAUUUUACCAACUUUGAACGAUGACCAUCCAAGGGUUCAAUACGCUUGUUGUAACGCUUUAGGUCAAAUGUCUACUGAUUUUGCCGACGUGAUUCAAAGAACUGCAGGUAAUAAGAUUUUACCAGCGUUAAUUUCAAAGUUGACCAAUAAAUCAGUGCCAAGAGUCCAAUCGCAUGCUGCUGCUGCUUUAGUCAACUUUUCUGAAGCUGCUUCAAAAGAAAUAUUGGAACCAUACUUGGAUGACUUGUUGAGCAACUUAUUAGGCUUGUUACAAUCUCCUAAACGUUAUGUCCAAGAACAAGUAUUGACCACCAUUGCUAUAAUUGCCGAUGCUGCUGAAAAGACAUUUAUAAAGUACUACGACACAUUGAUGCCUUUGCUCACUGAUGUUUUAAAAACAGAUAUGGGUGACGAAAACAGGUUAUUGAAGGCCAAGUGUAUUGAAUGUGCUACUUUGAUUGCCUUGGCUGUUGGUAAAGAAAAGUUUGCCCCUCAUUGUCAAGAUUUGAUCCAAUUAUUUGGUCAUAUUCAAGAAACCGCUACUCAAGAUGAUGACCCAGUCAAGCAAUAUCUUGAGCAAGCUUGGGGAAGAAUCUGUAGAAUAAUAGGUAAGGAUUUCAUUCCUUACUUACCUUCAGUGUUACCACCAUUAUUGACUUCUGCCAAGGCUACCCAAGAUAUUUCCUUAUUGGAAGAAGAACAAGCUGAAGAAUUCAACUCUAACGAAGAAUGGGAUGUCAUUAACUUAUCUGGGAAAUUGAUUGCCGUUCAUACCGCUGCUUUAGAUGAAAAAGUUGCUGCUAUUGAUUUACUCAGAACUUAUGCUAUUCAAUUAAAGGGUGAUUUUUUCCCAUGGGUCAAGGAAAUCAUCGAGGAUAUUGCCAUUCCAGGAUUGGACUUUUAUUUACAUGACGGAGUAAGAGGAUCUGCCGCUUUAACCCUCGCUUCAUUGCUUAAAUGUUCCGUAGUUGCAACUGGAAACAAUUCUACUGAAACAUUGGUAUUCUGGUCCAAGAUCUCCGAAAAGUUGGUUGAAGUAUUGACCAAUGAGCCAGUUCCAGAAUUGCUUGUGGCUUAUUAUACCGCCUUAGUGGAAUGCAUCACUGUAUUGGGACCAAACUCCCUUUCUUCACCUCAAUUGGAUUCAUUGGCCAAGUCUAUUAAUACCAAUCUUGUUGAAAUUUGUGAGAGAAUUAAAGCUCGUGAUAACGAAGAUGACGAAUAUACCGAAGAUGUUGAAGAAGAUGAAGAUGAAUAUACUGACGAAGAAUUACUCGAUGAGAUUAAUAAGGCCCUUUCGUCCAUAUUCAAGAACUCACAAGCUAACUUCCUCCCACAUUUCCAAAUAUUAAUUCCAACCGUGGCUUCAUUUAUUAAUGAUGAAAAUACCAAUAUCAAACUUUGUGGGUUAUGUGUUGUGUGUGACAUUUUGGAACAUUGUGGUCCAAACUCAGUUAUUUAUAGAGAUAUGUUUGCUAAUGUUGUUGCUGAAUCUAUCACAUCACCCCAUGCUAGUAUUAGACAAGCAAGUUCAUAUGCUGUUGGUGUCGCAGCCCAGUUUGGAGGAGAAGAUUACGCUCAAUUCUGUUUAGCUUGUUUGGAACCUAUGUUUAAAAUGGCUUCGGUUCCUGAUGCCAGAGCCGAAGAAAACAUCCAUGCCACAGAAAAUUCAGUUUCUGCCAUUGCCAAGAUUUGUCACAGGUUUUCCAGCACUAUACCAAACUUGAACACUAUAAUUGAUCAAUGGAUUACAUUAUUGCCAAUUGUUCAAGAUGAAUCGGCGGCUCCUUUUGCUUAUAUGUUCUUGAGUGAAUUGAUUGAAAACAACCAUCCUUCCAUUAACAAUCAAAUUCCAAAGGUUGUCGAUUCUGUUAUUCAAGCACUUGCACAUGCUUCUAUUGCUGGUGCUACUGCGGAAAGAGUCGUUGCUGCUACAAGACAGUUGUUGGGUUCUGUACCUCACAGUGAAGCCAUAGCCCUUUUACAAAAGAACCCAGCGGAUAUUGAUAUUGUCCAGAAAUACUUUAGCUGA